AUGGCUCUGCAGGUCCUGGGCAUCACCCUGUCCAUGAUCGGCCUGGCCGGCACCAUCAUCAUCUGCGCCCUGCCCAUGUGGAAGGUCACCGCCUUCAUCGGCACCAACAUCGUGGUGGCUCAGGUCUUCUGGGAGGGCCUGUGGAUGACCUGCGUUUACGAGCGCACGGGCCAGAUGCAGUGCAAGUUGUACGACGCCCUGCUGGACCUGGACCCCUCGCUGCAGGCCUCCCGUGGCCUUGUGGUCACCACAAUGGCACUUGCAUGCCUGGCCUUCAUCAUCUUCCUGCUUGGGGCGGACUGCACCAACUGCCUGAGUAACCCUCGGGCCAAGGCCCGCAUCGUGGUGGCCUCUGGAAUCACAUUCAUGCUCUCGGCCCUCACCACCGUGGUGCCCGUGUCCUGGACGGCUGACGCCAUCAUCAGGGACUUCCACAACCCCAUAGUGCACGAGGCUCUGAAGAGGGAGAUGGGGGCGGCCAUCUAUGUGGGCUGGGUCACAGCGGGGUUCCUGUUCGUCGGAGGGGCAGUUCUCUGCACCAGCUGCCCGCCAGAGAGGGUCCACCACUCGUCCAGAUACACCUCAGCAAAGUCAGGCACCCAAAGCAGCUACGCCUUUAAGAACUACGUCUGA